AUGGAGAAAGAUGAGCUGGACAGCUGCGGUGCGGACCCUCCACUAAAAACCGAUACCUCAGAAAAGCCGACUAAUCAAAUAUGGCCUGACUCUUCCGAUAUGAUUGUCAAAGAUGAUAUUCUGCGACUUAAAAAUGAAAUUCAAGUUUUGCAGCAACAAAAUCAGGAACUUAAAGAAACUGAAGGAAAACUGAGAAAUAUAAAUCAAGACUUAUGCAAUCAAAUGAGACAAAUGGUACAAGAUUUUGACGGUGAUAAACAAGAAGCUGUGGAUAGGUGUGAAAGGACUUACCAGCAGCACCACGAAGCCAUGAAAGCCCAAAUACGUGAAAGCCUGUUAGCAAAGCAUGCUUUGGAGAAACAGAAGCUCUUUGAGGUUUAUGAGGGAACUUGCUUGCAACUUAGGUCUGACUUAGAUCAGGUGAAUAAGGAGAUGGCGGCUGUGCAGGAAUGUUACCUGGAAGUGUGCAGAGAGAAAGAGAAUCUAGAAGCGACUCUCAGGAAGACCAUGGAGAAGGAGCAGCAGGCUCAGGAGAAGAAGAUCAAACAAGAACUUAUUCAACAGCUUGAAAAGGAGUGGCAGUGUAAGCUGGACCAAAAUAUAAAGGCAAUGAAAAAGAAGACCUCAGAUUGUUGCAGCCAAACUGACCAAGAAACCACCAUUGAUGUUAUUUCCAAGAAAGAGAUGGCAAUCAUGAUAGAAGGGCAGAAACAAAAGAUCCAGCAAAAUUUAGAGCAAGAGAAGGAAGUAGCCAUCAAAGGGGGCUUGAAGAAAUUAGAGGUUGAAUUGGAACUCAGAUAUUGUGAAAAUAUUGCCAAACAGGUGGAAGCAGCUGUGCAAAACGCUCGUCACCGGUGGUUGGAGGAACUGCCGGAGCUGGCAGAGUAUAAAACACUUGUAAGAGCAGAACAGAAGAAGUGGGAGGAGCGACAAGAGCAGUCUGUGGCCGGACGGAUAUUGUUUGCUGUUUCUGAAGCUAAAGAGAAAUGGAAAAGCGAGAUUGCAAAUAUGAAGAAAAAUGUCAUACCUGGAAAGGAAUUGGAAGAGAAGAUUCAUUCUCUGCAGAGAGAGCUUGAGUUAAAGAACGAAGAAAUCCCUGUGGUUGUCAGGGCCGAGUUGGCAAAGGCCCGGAGUGAAUGGAACAAAGAAAAGCAAGAAGAAAUCUGUAGAAUUCAAGAACAAAAUGAACAAGAUUACCGGCAAUUUUUAGAUGAUCAUCGAAACAAAAUUAAUGAGGUGCUUGCAGCAGCUAAGGAAGACUUUACGAAACAAAAAACUGAGCUACUUCUUCAGAAGGAGACAGAAUUACAAACGUGUUUAGACCAGUAUCACAGAGAAUGGACUGUGCAGGAAGCCAGGCGGAUCCAACUGGAAAUCUGUCAGUAUGAGGAUGACAUCCUAACUGUCCUUGAGUUUCUCUUAAAGGACACCCAGAAGGAGCAAGCCAGUGGUUUAGAGAACAAGCACCUUUUAGAACUCAUGGUGACUUGUUCUUCGAAGUGGGUGUCUGUGCAGUAUUUUGAAAAAUUAAAGGUCUGCAUACAGAAAGCAUUUCAAGAUAUACUCUCCCUACUUAUAGAGACUGUCGACUCAGACUGGGGAAAGAGAAAUAUGACCAAGAUUUCUAAGGAUCCUGCCACAGGGGUCACUGGCAGAGGAGACCCUGGAGUCCUGGCAGUCCUUCCUGCACCUGCAUCUGGACACCACGCUCAGUCCUUGGCCAUGCAAGAAGCAGAAGCUGAUAAGAAAAAGAGCCUUGAAAUUAAAGAUUCAUGCUGUGGGCACUGCUUCCAAGAACUUGCAAAGGCAAAGCAGGAAUGUCAAGAUCUGAAAAGAAAACUGGAAAAAUCCUGUAGGCAUCUUCAGCACUCAGAAAGGAAGAACAAAGCUGUAGUGGAAAAAAUUGGAGAAGAGAAUAGUAAAGUUGUUGAAGAAUUAAUAGAAGAAAACAAUGACAUGAAGAAUAAAUUGGAAGAACUGAGAACACUUUGUAAAACUCUACCACCAAGUUCACUGUCAGAAGGGGCCAUUGAAAAUGCUUGCCUCCCAUGUAAAGGGGUGGCCUUGGAAGAACUUCGUGGGCAGUACAUUAAAGCUGUAAAAAAAAUUAAGCGUGAUAUGUUUCGUUAUAUUCAGGAGAGUAAGGAAAGAGCUGCAGAAAUGGUAAAAGCAGAGGUAUUGCGAGAAUGUCAAGAAACCCCCCGAAAGAUGUGCAAAUAUUAUUUGAUUUGCCUUCAGCAGAUUUUGCAGGAUGAUGGAAAAGAGGAAGGGGCUGAGAAAAAGAUUAUGAAUGCUGCUAGCAAACUUGCUAUCAUGGCAAAAUUGCUGGAAACACCUAUUUCUAAUAGGUCCCAGAGCAAAACUACACAGCCAGUAUUGCCUCUGACUUCAGAGAUGCUGACUGGAGUUGAAAAAUCAAAAAGAAAUGAUGUGAAUCAGAAUAUAUCAUGUCACAGUGAAAGAAAAUCAAAUAGUAUAAAAACUAUCCCCAGAAGUAUGUGCGACCAAGUUCCUAAGAGGAGGGCUGCCUGUAACUUACAAAGGCGAUUAGAGGAUGCAGAGCACGGGGACGGAAAGCAUGAGGGUUCCAAAGAGUCACAUCCAGACUUUCAGUUCGAGAAUAACAGUCACAAGCACCUGGACAUUUUGCCAAGGAAUGUUUCUCCUGAGUUUGUUCCUUGUGAAGGCGAAAGAGGCUUUGGUUUGCACAAGAAGAAAGACCUCCUCAGUGAUUCUGACUCUGAAUCACUCCAGCACUCAGCCACACACCCCUUUCUCGGAUCUUUCAGAAAUAAACACUCACCUAGAUAUACCCCUAGUCUUUCUGAAUCCGAAUCCGUGCAUGUAACUUUUCGAAGUCCUAAUGAAAGACUUGGUUUAAAAGUAUAUAAGUGUAGUCCACUAAUGGAAAGUGAAAAUGCUGCAUCUGAGAAAAGUCAAAGUUUGGGUGUUAAGAAAACUCCAGCAAAGGAUGAAGGGGACCUCAGUGACUCUGUAGGCUGGCAUUCCAACAGUGCCACUCUACCUGAAGUGUCAUUUUUGCAUGAUAGGCCACAAGAAACUCUGGAUACGCUCACUGAAGCUAUUAAUUUCAAACAGUUGUCAGCAACAAGUUGUCUUUCAGAUUCAGAGAAAAAAAAUAUGAUUCGUCAACCUAUGAAAUGUCAGAGUGGUCAUGCUUCAGACCUUUCAGAAGAAACCACGUAUUCCCAGGCAGGGAAGAUCAGCAUGACUUUUGGACACCCACCUCAUCAUAAGGCUGAUAUACUGAAGUCAGAUUUCAAGACCCUGAGCAGCACAGUACCAUCUGCAGUGUGUCCGCAGCCUUCAAGAAAAUUAAUUGCUCCUCUGUCCAGCCAACAAGAUAGUGGCUUUGAUAGCCCAUUUGUCAAUCUAGACUAAUUGUUGUAGAGUAUUUAAGAAGAAUCAUUAAUAUAUUGAUAAGAAAACUGGAAGGGAAGACUUCAUACUGAAAAAUAU